UGCCACAAUAUUUUAUUUUAUUCAUAAAAUCUAUCACACAAAAAUUUGCAGGAUUUCUCGUGAGGCUCACUCCCAACAAGCCAAUAAAGUUGACUGCUUUGCUUUCCAUCAAAAUCACUUCACGCAUUUCACUCCCAUUUUGAAAGUACUCUUCCUCAUCUUCUUGUCUUCUUUCUACUCUGAAAAAAAUAACAAAAAACCAAAAAAAAAAGAACCCUUUCAGUUUUUCCUCUUCUGGGCACUCGAGAUUCUAAUUUCCUAGCAAGAUUUCCGAUCUGGGAAGUACACAAGUUUUGUUACCAUAUCUGAUAAACUUUCAUUAGAGUCAGGUUUUGUGUAGCCAAUUUUCUUUUGGGGUCACGUGUUAGAGACGUGUGUGUUUGUGUGUGUGUGUUUGUAUACAUAUAUAUAUAUAUAUGUGUGUGUGUGUGUGUGUGUGUGUGUGUGUGUAUGUAUAUGACUGUGCAUGUGACAAAACAAGUGUCAAAACAUAUCUGAGGUGAUCUAUACUAAAUUUACUUUGUUAACUUACUUUGGUUGAGUUCUGUUUUUGUGAUCACCGUUUCCGUAUUCUGAUCCAUUAAAGAAUGGAUCUUUGCUGUGUGACUACAAAACCGAAUGCCCAUUUGGCAAAAGCAAGCCAAGGUGGUCUCAGAUAUGGUGGAGAUAGUGGGAUUUUGGGGGAGAAGAUCAGAGGAAGCCUAAAGAAAAACAGUCUUUGGAUCAAGCAAGCCACAUUAAACAGUUUAUUGGGAAAUGAGAAGAGAAUCAGAAAUAAGGCCAAGGUCAAGCCCGGUGUUGCUUUUGCUGUUGCUACAACGAAUGACACCAAGGAGGCUCUGACGACUCUGCAAGUUCCUCAGUUUCAUAGAAGAAGAGCCGACCCCAAAAAUGUGGCUGCAAUCAUUUUGGGAGGAGGUGCUGGGACUCAGCUCUUUCCUCUUACCAGAAGAGCUGCAAUACCCGCUGUCCCAGUUGGAGGAUGCUACCGGCUGAUAGAUAUUCCGAUGAGCAAUUGCAUCAAUAGUGACAUAAACAAGAUUUUUGUGCUGACCCAGUUCAACUCUGCUUCUCUCAAUCGCCAUAUUGCUCGAACGUACUUUGGGAAUGGUGUCAAUUUUGGGGAUGGUUUUGUGGAGGUCUUGGCUGCCACUCAGACACCGGGAGAAGCGGGGAUGAAAUGGUUCCAAGGGACUGCAGAUGCUGUGAGGCAAUUUACAUGGGUGUUUGAGGACGCCAAGAACCGGAACAUUGAGAACAUUCUUAUUUUGUCUGGUGAUCAUCUUUAUCGGAUGGAUUAUAUGGACUUUGUGCAGAGUCACGUCGAUAGAAAUUCCGACAUUACAAUUUCGUGUGCAGCAGUUAAUGACAGCCGUGCAUCCGAUUAUGGACUGGUGAAAGUAGACAGCAGAGAGAGAAUUUAUCAGUUUGCUGAAAAACCAAAGGGUGCUGAUCUAAAAGGAAUGCAAGCAGAUACUUCUCUUCUAGGAUUGUCUAAGCAAGAUGCCAUGAAAUCUCCAUACAUUGCAUCAAUGGGAGUCUAUGCAUUUAAGACGGAAAUUUUGCUUAAGCUCUUAAGGUGGAGAUAUCCUACAUCGAACGACUUUGGAUCAGAAAUCAUUCCUGCAGCUGUGGAAGAGCAUGAUGUUCAAGCAUAUAUGUUCAGAGACUAUUGGGAAGAUAUUGGGACCAUAAAGUCUUUUUAUGAUGCCAACUUGGCCCUUACUGAAGAGUUCCCAAAGUUCGAGUUUUAUGAUCCAAAAACUCCUUUCUUCACAUCUCCUCGAUUCUUACCUCCAACCAAGAUCGAUAAAUGCCGGAUUGUGGAUGCAAUAAUUUCACAUGGAUGUUUCCUGAGAGAAUGCUCUGUCCAACGUUCCAUUGUGGGUGAACGCUCUCGAUUAGAUUAUGGCGUGGAGCUUAAGGAUACCAUAAUGAUGGGUGCAGACUAUUAUCAAACUGAAUCUGAGAUUGCUUCUCUUCUGGCAGAGGGGAAGGUUCCAAUUGGGAUUGGACAGAACACAAAAAUUAGGAAUUGUAUCAUCGAUAAGAAUGUGAAGAUUGGAAAGGACGUCGUCAUCAGGAACAAAGAUGGUGUUCAUGAAGCGGAUAGGCCGGAAGAGGGGUUUUAUAUUCGGUCGGGAAUCACCAUUAUAGUGGAGAAGGCAACUAUAGAAGAUGGGACAGUCAUAUAGACGGAUCUCAAGAAGAGAAAUCCUGUGGAAACAAACUCGAACGUUGCAGAGCGGUUUUCAUGGAACAGCUGAGGGGAAAGUCUUUGCACCACUUUUGUCUUUGGAGAGGCAAUCUCAUUUAGCUGGUGUGUGAAAGAGAAGAUCUCUCAGCAAAAUGUUAAAGACAAUGGAGUUCAUUGUACCGAAGAGCCAAUCCAAGAGGAAUGUACAAAAAUAAAACCAGAGGGCUAGCUAGCUCGCUGAUUUCUUGCCUUUUCUCUUUUAAUAAAAAUAGUUGUAUCCAAAUAAUAAUAUCUGCCAUGAAUAAAGAUAAUUGGUAGUUUGUGUAGUAAGCCUUUUAAAUCAUCAAUAAGACUUUAAUAAAUUUUGAUAAAUUUUG